AUGUCGAUGGUACACAUCAUUUGGUUCAACCUUUUGCUAUGCAUCGCUUCAGCUCAGAAUGGAACUUUAUCUUCACUUGAUCUCACCACUGAUAACUCUGUUGUUCAUUAUCCUAUCAUUCCCAUCCGUUUUCAACCGUUUACUGUUCCCUCUGAUGGAUUUUCCGGCCUGAGAGGAACAGUUAAAGUAGUCCAACCAAGUCAGCAGAACAAUGAGGACGUCAUAGAAGACGAUGAUAUUCCAGAUGACUUCCAUUGGGUACUAUUUGGCAAUAAGAAUAAAAAUCGAAAAUUCAACCGA